CGUCAUAGCAAAAUGGCUGACGGCGGAAACCGUCUAGAGAGGCUCGGUUCUUUCGUGGUUUACGUUCGCCAGUUCUACCAAGCCAACAGUUCCGAAGCAGCGUGUGCCGGGUACGGGAACGGCUUCUUGUUCCGCUCCUUCAACGAUUUUUAAAUUCUCUAAGAAAAUAAAAAAAUCCCCUCCCUUUAUCUAAAGGGCUCUGUGAAUACAUGUUCCACCCCCAAAUUUCGAGCGACCCCUUUUCGCGGUUUAACGACCCCUAUCAUUUCUCCUUCUCUCUCUUAAAUGCACAUCGAUUAAAAUGCGAAUUUUGUGUGGGUGAUACUCAACUUUUUUCCACCGGAUAUAAUCUGUUUUAAUCUAGGAGAAAAUAUCAGGAGGAGUUCUAAAAAAAACCAGACACAUCUGGUUCGCAAAAUCUGUCGCAAUGGCAGAAUAUUGCGAGUACCUUUGGGAUCCAUUACGUGGUCACACGAGUCUUGCUCUUGCCCAUAGUCUUUACGAUGAACAAGCGAGAAUCAACAGAGGCGACAAGAAACUGGCUGUAAAGACUGUUAGGGCUAUUCUUCGUGACAUGCCAGGCGUUGAUUUGACGCAAUGCACGGAUGAAUACAUUACGCGCUUCCUGUUGGCCCGGAAGUACAGAACUGAACAAGCAGCUGCUCUGAUAGUAGCUUAUCAGUCACAAAUUGCCCACCGACAAGAUAUUUUUGGAAAUCUCACUGCUCGAGAUCCGGCACUUCAACGUGCUCUCAGAGCUGGUAUUCCUGGUGUUCUUCCUGCUCGUGAUAAUGGUUCUGGAUUUAGUGUUUCCGAGAAUCGACGUCGCGCCGCGGGAUUGGUGAGAGGCGCUGCGGAGAAUCGCUUAAUAACCCGGGGCAGAAACCAUUAUAGUUUCGAUGGAAAGUAUGCCCCGCGUACUUUUUGCUCGGCUGGGGAAGUGCGAGGCAGGGGAAGUUGGGAAAGUGAGAGCCAAGAAAGGUUGGAAAAGCGAGGGGUUGUGUGGGUAGGAGAAUUAUGGAGAAGUUCAGUAGAGGAAGUCCAGGAGGGAGAAGUAGGAGAAGGAAGUAGAAGUGGAGGGGGCGUUCGAGGAGGGACAGUAAAGAAGGAGCGUGGAAGGGAAGUGUGGGAACAAUCUGGUUUCGUUGCUGUCGUGGACUGGAGCAACUUUUCCCUCAGACAAGGUGGAGCUUUAGGAGCUGCAGCUCUCCGAAAUUUGGUUGCAGCUCUUCGAGGAAGAUUUCCAGCUAGAUUCAAAGCCAUCCACUUCCUUUCAGCACCUCUUUACGUCCAGGCAACUCUCGCUCUCAUCAAACCAUUCCUCGAUGAAAAAACUCGAAGCAAAAUUUAUCUACAUGGAAAUAAUUUAAGUACCCUACACGAGCAUUUACCAACGGAUAUUUUACCAGCGGAAUUAGGUGGUAGUGGUCCAGCAUUUAAUCCUGGUCUUUGGGCCGAACCUGUUAUUCAUUCAGCGAUGAAGGAAGCCGAGUUGGCUGCCAUGAAAAGGGACAAGGACCUUGCUGAAGCAGCGAAUAACCUUAAAAAUACCCAGGAACAAUCAAGGUCGAAGGAUGAAAGGCAAAACGAAUUCUCAGACUUCGCCAGAAACGAGAAUCAAUCGGAUUCUACAAAAAUCGAUCCUGAUCUCGAAAACAAGAAAAACCUGAAUAACUCCAAGGUAAAAAUGCUGAACAUAAAUGGCUUCAGCUCACCAGCUAAAAACAAUAGAAAAUCAUUCAGCCUGGAACCAAUUUACAAAUCAAUAAAAAACCAGGAAGAGGAAUCGUUAAUAAAUAACGAGGAAAAGUGCCAAAAUCAAAAAAGUGAGGCACAAGAAAAAAAAGAAGAAUUUUCAAAUGGCUAUAAAAACAGAAAAUCUUCUGAAGAACAAGAUGCAGAAAAUUCAGAAUGUUCAAGUUUUCAAUCAGACACAAAUUCCAAUGAAUUCGAAAUGGUUCCAAGUCAACCAGACAGCGAAGAAAGCUCUCUAGAAAUAAAAGUCGAGAAAAUUGUCAUCCGAACCGGAAAUGGUGAUCCACUUCCUGAAGAGGCAAAUUUAAUUACAUAGGAAAA